AUGGGGAGCGACACGGAGACGGAGAAGAAGAAGACCCCGGUGGCGCUGAUGCCCAUCGCGAAGCCCCUCGCUGGAAAGAAGCUCUGCAAGCGGACCCUCAAGCUCGUGCGACGAGCCUCCGAGGCCAAGUGCCUCAAGCGCGGAGUCAAAGAGGUAGUCAAGAGCAUUCGCCGCGGGAACAAAGGGUUGUGUGUGAUUGCUGGAAAUGUUUCUCCUAUUGAUGUGAUUACACAUGUUCCAAUACUAUGUGAGGAAGCUAAUGUUCCUUACAUAUAUGUUCCAUCAAAAGAGGGUCUUGCGACCGCAGGAACCACUAAGAGGCCGACUUGUUGCGUCUUGGUUCUGACCAAACCAACCAAGGGGGAGCUCAGUGAAGAGGUGAAGGAUAAACUGAAGUCAGACUAUGACCAAGUUGUAACCGAAGUUGCUGAGGCUACAUCUGCAGUGUUCUGA